CUGUCAAACUUCAGCGCUCUUUUAACAGAGAAACGAUGUCGUUUACGCGCAGCCAGUCUCUGGAUGGAAGCUUCCCUCCAUCCCCAGCCGAGGACCGGGGCUCUGUGCGGCUGUCUUGGGGUAGUUUGGUGCACAGACUAACUGAACUGAAGAGGAUCAGCCAGUCAAGCAACUCAGAGCUGGACUGUAGCGCCACCGAGCCUGGUUCUGACAGUUCCUGUUUGGAGACAGACUGCACCUUUCUCUUUCAUGCCCUGGAGGAGAGUCUGGCCACAGAGUUGCUCUCCACCAUCACACAAAGCCUCAUCGACGCGUCACCCUCCCUGGGAUGCUCCAGAAUCAUCCUCCCGGAUUGUCUGCUGCUCAGCAUCCACCAGGAGUUGGUUCACCUGGCGGUCAGCGAGCCCUGUGGACUCAGAGGAGCCGUCAUAAACUUGUGCGUGGACAAAGGUGACCAGAGCUCCUUGUGCUCUGUGGGACAAAUAACAGUGGACCCAACUCUGGUCCCGACUUUUAACGUGACUCUGGUGCUGAGAGUGGAGUCAAGUGGACUGUGGCCAAAGGUCCAGAGGUUCUUCAGAGGUGGCAAGUCGGUGCAGUCGUCCAAGCGGAACCAGAUGAUUCUGAGCUCCAGCUUCAGAGCUAUGAAGAGGAAACUGUACAGUUCGGCCGAGCUGCUCAUAGAGGACUGCUGCUGACCCUCCCAGCUGCUGGACGGAUGUGGAGGGCAGUGGGCUUUUGAUAGAACUGUGGAUUGAGAACUGAUGUUUGCUUGUCACAUGUUUACAGGUGACUCAACUGUGACUCAUGUAUUUGUCUACCAAAACCUGUUUACUUUGCACUGUUACAAAACAA